AUGUCGGGUCGGAGGUCAGGUAGAGCUGCUGCUAAGCGCGCAGCCGCAGCCCUGGAGAACACCCCCAAGACAUGGAAGGAACUCGAGGACGAUGAUGAACACAUGCCCGAUGUCGAACAAGAUGACGAUAAGAAGACGGAUGGAGACGGAGACGGAGAUGGAGAUGGAGACGCCACGGAUGGCGAGGCUUCCGCCGUUGCUGAGAAUGCUGAAGAGGAGGUCGAAGAUGCGCCAGAAGACAAAUCACCCAGUCCUCCACCUCAACCAGUCGUACGACGUAAGCGACUCGGUCGCCCGCCCAAGGUGAAGCCUCCAGGGUGGGAUGAGGGCAUCGAAGUGCCGCGAGACGAUGCGACUCCACGACGACGUGGCCGUGGAGGCUGGCGCGGCCGAGGUGGACGCAAGGGCCAGCCAGCUCCCGUCACACAGCAAGCCAUCGAGAAGGACGGCCCGGUAUAUGAUAUCAUCGAAGACGAACUCGCUCUACCAGAGGAUCCUGAAGGCGAGACCAGAGUGGAUAAAAUGGGCUAUCUGCAAGGGGGUCGCGAGUAUCGCUGUCGGACUUUCACCAUUCAAGGCCGCGGUGACCGCUUGUACAUGCUGUCCACAGAGCCUGCUCGCUGCGUUGGCUUUCGAGACUCUUACCUGUUCUUCACCAAGCACCGCCGUCUGUACAAGAGCAUCGUGACCGAUGAAGAAAAGCGCGACAUGAUUGAUCGCGAGCUGAUACCUCAUUCCUACAAGGGUCGAUCCAUCGGCGUGGUCACAGCGCGAUCUGUGUAUCGCGAGUUCGGUGCAUUGAUCCUGGUCGGUGGUCGCUGGAUUGUCGACGAUUACGAUAUUCAACGCUCAAGAGACGAGGGUCACGUUGAAGGAGCGCUUGCAGACCCCAACGACAAGUAUAACCCCACCGAGCCGUACAACAAGAACCAAUACGUCGCAUGGUUCGGUGCCAGUCAAGUGUACCACACCAGCGCCCCUAUCGCGACUACUCAGGUGGCAGAGCUUAAGAAACGUCGAGUUGCUGUCAACGACGUCAACUGGAUGUUUGAGCAUGUUCGAGAAGCUUCGAACUUUAACGCCCAAAUCAACGCAAUACGUCGGCGCAACAACAAGGGAGUCUACGACGUCCAUACCAACACCAUCCAGUACCCUGCCAUCAUGCAGCCUACACAAGCGCGCAUCGAACCGGUCGGUCCGUCAGACGAUGACAACCUCAAUGUUGGGUCCCAAAUUUUCCCACCUCUGAGUCCCAACAUUCCGCGCAAUUUCAUGGUCACGGACACCUACUUCGAGACCCCGCCCGCAGGGAUCGCCGCCGUCACCUACGAUAAUGCGCCAAAGGGUAUGGCCAACGGCGAACAGGGCUCUGACUUCCUUGCACCAUUUCGCGGGCUCAGCGCAAUCAGCGAUGAGAUCAAGGACUGCCUGCCUCCAGAAUGUCGUGAGGCUUUUGACAAGGCGGUUGCACAAGAACAGAACUGGCAUGCUAAGUGGGGAGUGGAGGCGAGCGCCAAAUCCAGGCGAAAUCCUGUAAUUGACAAGGCCAUUGUGCCGUACAGCGCUCGGUAG